AUGGAGAACGGCUCGGUCAGCCCGGCAGCGGCGCUGAGCAACCAGACCCUGGGCAGGAUGCCCCGGCAGCCCCUGGAGCUGCAGGUGGUCACCAUCCUGCUGGUGCUGCUCAUCUGCGGGGUGGGCAUCGCGGGCAAUGUGAUGGUGGUGCUGGUGGUGCUGCGUACCAAGCACAUGGUGACCCCCACCAACUGCUACCUGGUGAGCCUGGCGGUGGCUGACCUCAUCGUGCUGCUGGCAGCCGGGCUGCCCAACAUCUCGGAAGUGGUGGCUUCUUGGGUGUACGGCUACGCCGGCUGCCUCUGCAUCACCUAUUUGCAGUACCUGGGCAUCAACAUCUCUGCCUGGUCCAUCACUGCCUUCACAGUGGAGCGCUACAUUGCGAUCUGCCACGCCAUCAAAGCGCAGUUCCUGUGCACCGUGUCCCGCGCCAAGCGUAUCAUCUCAUCGCUGUGGCUCUUCACCUCCCUCUAUUGCCUCAUGUGGUUCUUCCUGGUGGACACCACCCAGGUCACCUUCUCGGAUGGAGCACAGGUCAGCUGUGGCUACCGGGUUUCCAGAAGCCUUUACAUGCCUAUUUACUUCUUGGAUUUUGCUGUCUUCUACAUCAUCCCAUUGGGGCUGGCAACUGUCCUCUACGGCCUCAUUGCCCGUAUCCUCUUCAUGAAUCCCCUGCCUGCCACCCCGCAGCACUCCUGCUUGGGCUCCACGCACCGAGGUGGCUCCCUCAAGCUCUCCUACUGGGGCAACAAGAGGGCGCUGAGCUCCCGCAAGCAGGUGACCAAAAUGCUGGCUGUUGUGGUGGCCCUCUUUGCUCUUCUGUGGAUGCCUUAUCGCACACUGGUGGUGGUGAACUCCUUCAUGGACCCUCCAUAUCUGAACAUCUGGUUCCUUCUCUUCUGCCGCCUGUGCAUCUACCUGAACAGUGCCAUCAACCCCAUCAUCUACAACCUCAUGUCACAGAAAUUCAGGGCUGCCUUUAGGAAGCUAUGCAAGUGUGAAGGGAAGAGUGCCGAGAACCCCACGCCGUAUACUGCUCCAGUCUACUACAGCGUUAUGAAGGAUUAUUCUCAUGACAGCUCCGAUCACAUCACUGAACAAAAAGAUCUGAACAGUCUCCCUGGACCUGCAAAGAAGAAUAAGCCUGUCAAAUGAAUCCUGGGACGCUGAAA